CCAAAUGAGCCAUCUCCAGCAACCACCCAAUGACACGCACCCCACCACAAGCUUCCUUGGCCCCCAAAACCCCCAACCCGUGAAGCUUGCCUCCUCACUCGUCGGCAUCCGUCGCAACUGGCCCCCCGAAGUUCUGUCGCCGAUGUGAGUUUGGAGGAUUUUUCUGGCCUCCACCGUCUUCGAAACAAGAAUUCAAGGGAAUGGUUGGGUUUGUGAGCUCAAGAUAAGCGAAACCCCUAUGGAAAUUGGACUGAAAUGUCGCUGGAGGUGCUCACCAAUGUCAAGAACCACUUUCUUCUUCUUCUUAUCUAUUCCAUGGAUAUACAUACACGGUAUGCUCUCUCGUCAACCCUUAUUGGUGGUGUAAUGGAUGCACAUGCUCAAUUAUGGGAGGUAUAUAGUGGUCUGUCUGGUUGUUGUGGCAUUCCUCAGCUAUCAAGGAAGCUGAAUCAGAUUUUGGAACAACAUAUUAGAAUGGCUCUCCCAAGUUUGAAGUCUGAGCUGAACUCAGAAAUGAAUGCUAUUGUUAAAGAACUUCAGACAUAUGGAAAUGUUGUAGAGGCUAAUGUGGAAAAAGGAGUAGUUUUGUUGAACAUUUUGUCAAAAUAUUGUGAAGAUUUUUAUGCUAUGGUGGAUGGAAGUAGUCAGGAAAUAUCAACUAAAGAAUUGUCAGGUGGACCCAGGAUCCAUUAUAUAUUUCAGUCAAUUUUUGUAAAGAGCUUGGAGGUACACCUUCAACUUUAAAAAAACUUUGUCUUUUGUUUUUAUGUUGCUUGUUAUAUAUGCUGCAUACAUUUUAAUUUUAGAACUAAUAAGUUUGAACCACAAUCUCAUUAAGGUAGUCAUUGUUUCUUUUACUUCAGUUAAUGGGCCCCUGCCAUGAAAGCAUCUCUUAUUAUGUUUAUGGUACUGAUUUAUAUGGUGCGAAGAUAAAUUAUUAAAAAUAAGGUGUUACUGUAUUAACAAGCAGUUUGGCUAUAAGUAAUUGCAGGAAGUCGA